CGCAGGCUCAGUUCGCUCAUGAAGAUGGCGGCGGAUAAACAGAAGCAUCAUGACGGGAGGGUGAAGAUCGGUCACUAUAUACUGGGCGACACGCUCGGGGUGGGCACGUUUGGCAAAGUGAAAGUUGGCAAGCAUGAGCUUACAGGGCACAAGGUCGCCGUGAAGAUUUUAAACCGGCAGAAGAUCCGCAGCCUUGACGUGGUUGGGAAAAUUCGCCGUGAGAUCCAGAAUCUGAAGCUCUUCAGACAUCCUCAUAUCAUUAAGCUGUACCAGGUCAUCAGCACACCAACAGAUAUCUUUAUGGUUAUGGAAUAUGUUUCUGGCGGGGAACUAUUUGAUUAUAUAUGUAAGAAUGGGAAGUUGGAUGAAAAAGAAUCCCGGCGCUUAUUCCAGCAAAUUCUUUCCGGGGUUGAUUAUUGCCAUAGACAUAUGGUCGUACACCGAGACUUGAAGCCUGAGAAUGUUCUUCUUGAUGCCCACAUGAAUGCGAAGAUUGCGGAUUUUGGGCUCUCUAACAUGAUGGCUGAUGGUGAAUUCCUACGAACCAGCUGCGGUUCCCCUAAUUACGCUGCUCCGGAAGUUAUCUCAGGAAGGCUUUAUGCUGGCCCAGAGGUGGACAUAUGGAGCUGCGGGGUCAUCCUGUAUGCGUUACUCUGUGGAACUCUCCCUUUUGAUGAUGAUCAUGUGCCAACACUUUUUAAGAAGAUAUGUGAUGGCAUCUUCUACACACCCCAGUACCUGAACCCUCCCGUCAUUAGCCUUCUAAAGCACAUGCUGCUGGUGGAUCCCAUGAAAAGGGCAACCAUCAAAGAUAUUCGGGAACAUGAAUGGUUCAAGCUAGAUCUUCCUAAAUAUCUGUUUCCCGAGGAUCCAUCGUACAGUUCCAAUAUGAUAGACGACGAAGCCUUAAAAGAAGUGUGUGAGAAGUGCGAGUGCUUGGAGGAGGAAGUGCUGAGCUGCUUGUACAGUCGCAACCACCAGGACCCGUUGGCAGUCGCCUACCAUCUGAUCAUAGAUAAUCGCCGCAUAAUGAAUGAGGCCAAAGACUUCUAUUUGGCUACCAGCCCUCCGGAUUCCUUUAUGGAAGAGCCUCAAGUUGCUCGGCCUCACCCAGAGAGAGUUCCCUUUUUAGUGGCCGAGUCACCCCGGCAACGACACACUCUCGAUGAGUUAAACCCACAAAAGACCAAACACCAGGUUGGUGUGAGAAGAGCCAAAUGGCAUUUAGGCAUUCGAAGUCAGAGCCGCCCAAACGAUAUCAUGGCAGAGGUUUGCCGAGCAAUGAAACAGCUGGGCUAUGAGUGGAAGGUUGUAAAUCCAUACUACCUGCGCGUAAGAAGGAAGAAUCCCGUUACUAGCAUGUACACUAAGAUGAGCCUCCAGCUGUACCAAGUGGAUAGCAGAACUUACCUGCUGGAUUUCCGCAGCAUUGACGAUGAAGUAACUGAGGCCAAGUCGGAAAGCGCCACCCCUAGGCGAUCAGGCUCCAUUAGCAAUUAUCGACCUCCAAAAAAUGACUCGGAUCCUGAAAUUCAAGCGAAGUCUUCAGACGGCUCAGGGCCUUCAUCUUUAACCUCAUCAGUGGACUCUUCCAAUGCCGACCUAGUCCCCAGGCCAGGAAGCCAUACCAUAGAAUUUUUUGAAAUGUGUGCAAAUUUAAUAAAAAUCCUUGCACGAUAGGCCUCCGGCAACAUAAGCGAAUCCAUAUCGAGCAAUAAGCAUGCAGUGAUCUGUAGCCAAAUGCUUCCAGUCUCAAUCCAGUUAUGACCGACCAACAGCUGAAAGCUCUUGUCACAAUGCAAUUUGCACAUACGAUUCCAAGACUAUGUUAGACCUCAAUCCGUAGUGUGAUCAUUAUUUUUAAUAGUUCCUUGUCAACGCAUAUAAAUUGUAUAUAUUUUUCAGGUUGACAAAAGUUUUAAUUGCACAUUUUAUCGAGCACUGGGCUACUUUGCAUAUUCCCAAGAUAAACCUCAACAUCUUGUCUUAAA